CAAUUCCAGAUUCUCUGGGCCAGAAAGAGAGAGAGAGAGAGAGAGGAGGAAAUGGCUCGUGCGAGGUUUCUGUGUUCCUUCCUCCUCCUCGCGAUCGCCUGCUCUGCUGCAGCAACGAGCUUCGAGGACUCCAACCCUAUCCGGCUUGUCUCCGACGGCGGCCUCCUCCACGACCUCGAGUCAUCCAUCCUCCAGAUCGUCGGCCACACCCGCCACGCCCUCUCCUUCGCGCGCUUCGCCAACAGGUAUGGGAAGCGGUACGAGACAGUGGAGGAGAUCAAGCUGAGGUUCGAGAUUUUCAGGGAGAGUCUCAAGUUGAUUCGAUCCACCAACAAGAAGGGCUUGCCUUACACUCUCGGUGUCAAUCAGUUUGCUGAUUGGAGCUGGGAGGAGUUCAGGAGGCACAGAUUGGGAGCUUCUCAAAACUGCUCUGCCACCACCAAGGGCAACCACAAGCUCACCGACGAAGUUCUUCCCGAAAUGAAAGACUGGAGAGAAAUGGGCAUUGUAAGCCCAAUUAAAGAUCAGGGCCACUGUGGAUCUUGCUGGACUUUCAGCACCACUGGCGCUCUUGAGGCUGCUUAUCACCAAGCAACCGGGAAACAAAUCUCUCUUUCUGAGCAGCAGCUUGUGGACUGCGCUAGGGCUUUCAACAACUUUGGAUGUAGUGGUGGGUUGCCCUCCCAAGCCUUUGAGUACAUCAAGUACAACGGUGGCCUUGAUACCGAGGAAGCAUAUCCUUAUACCGCAGAGGACGGCUCCUGCAAAUUCUUGGCUGAUAAUGUUGGUGUCCAAGUCCUCGACUCUGUUAAUAUCACCUUGGGUGCUGAGGAUGAACUAAAGCAUGCAGUCGCCGUGGUCCGGCCAGUGAGCGUGGCAUUCCAGGUCGUGAAGGACUUCAGGUUGUACAAGUCGGGUGUCUACACCAGUGAUACAUGUGGCGACACUUCCAUGGAUGUGAACCAUGCUGUUCUUGCUGUUGGUUAUGGAGUUGAAAAUGGCGUUCCGUAUUGGCUCAUCAAGAAUUCCUGGGGAGCAGACUGGGGCGACCACGGAUACUUCAAGAUGGAGAUGGGGAAGAACAUGUGUGGCGUCGCUACUUGUGCAUCAUACCCUAUUGUGGCCUAGAUUGUUUCCGGAGGAUCAAUGGGUUCAUGUACCAGGUGAUGCGGGAUAUGUAUUUCGCGUGAAGAAUUGCUGCGCCCCGAGGUGGAGUGCUGUGAUGUUAGUAUAGAAGGGUUUAGCUCAGUGCACAAAAUAAUCUUCAGGACAGUCGCAACUUCAUAUGGUUACUGUUAUAUGA